UCCGGUUCACCGCUCAGCCCGGCCGCCGCGUGAAGACCGUCGCUGCAGAGCCGGCAGUUGUCCAAACUCCUGGGUUUGGUGGCCUGACGGACGGGAUGGCCGCAGAUGUGUUGCCGAGUGCGACGUGGCUGUACUGUGGGGAGCCUGACGAGAGCCAGAAAGCUGUACUGGUCCAGUUCUCCAACGGGAAGCUGCAGAACCCGGGCAACAUGCGCUUCACCUUGUACCAGAGCAGCGACUCCGCAAACCCCAGGAAGAGGAGUCAGCGGAUCCUGGCAGCUGAAACAGAGAGACUUUCCUACGUGGGAAACAAUUUUGGGACUGGAGCCCUCAAGUGUAACACUCUGUGCAGGCACUUUGUGGGCAUUUUGAACAAGACCUCUGGCCAAAUGGAAGUGUAUGAUGCUGAGUUGUUCAACAUGCAGCCCCUGUUUUCAGAUGAUUCAGUUGAGGGUGAACUGGCACCGGAGAAUCAGAACAAAACUUUCAGAGAAAAGAUGGAUUCUUGCAUUGAAGCCUUUGGCACCACCAAACAGAAGCGAGCGCUGAAUUCCAGGAGAAUGAACAGAGUUGGCAACGAGUCUUUGAACCACGCAGUAGCUAAAGCUGCAGAGAAUAUCAUCGACACAAAGGGUGUGAAUGCUCUGGUCAGCGACGCCGCCCAGGAUGACCUGCAGGACGACUCCCUCUACCUUCCUCCCUGCCACGCUGACGCAGCCACGCCUGAAGACGUGUACAGAUUUGAAGAUCUUCUUUCUCCCGCCGAGUAUGAGGCUCUUAAGGGCCCAGCUGAAGCCUUCCGGAGCGUCACGUCAGAGGAAAUCCUGAAGAUGGCCGAAGAGAACAGCCACUGCUCCUUUGUCAUAGAAGCCUUGAAGUGUUUGCCGACGGACGAGAAGAGCCGAGACCGCCAGGCCCGAUGCCUGUGGUUUCUAGACACCCUCAUCAAAUUUCGAGCCCAGAAAGUGAUCAAGCGGAAAAGUGCCCUGGGACCUGGAGUUCCCCACAUCAUCAGCACCAAACUGCUGAAGCAGUUCACCUGCCUGACCUACAACAACGGCAGUUUACGGAACUUGAUUUCGAAUUCUAUGAAGGCCAAGAUCACAGCAUAUGUGAUCAUACUUGCUUUGCACAUAAACGACUUCCAGGUUGACCUGACCGUACUGCAGAGGGACCUGAAGCUCAGUGAGAAAAGAAUGAUGGAGAUAGCCAAGGCCAUGAGACUGAAGAUCUCCAAGAAGAAGGUGUGCGUGGCAGCCGGCAGGGAAGAGGAUCGCAGAGUGGGCUCUCUGUGCAUCCCGCUGCCGCCGGCCCAAGCCUCGGACCUCCAGACGAAGCGCAGGAGGAUGACCUAGACUGCGCAGCGUGGCUGCUGCCUCUGUGCAUCUCCGUGUUUAUCUUUAAAAAGAAAGGAAGAAAGCCUGGCACGGGUCAGAAGCCAGCCUCCCAGUGGAAACAUAAAGUGACGAUGGCUUGGACGUCCCCCUC